AUGGACGCGGCAGCUUUGGCAACCUUGCUCUCCGAUUCAACACAAAAGCUGGUCAGCUUGCAUUCACAGAUCGGCCACCCACCCGGAGCGUUGCAAGGCGCACUCGAUGCACUUCACCAAGCGCUCAAGACAGCGGUCGACGAUCAGAUUGGCAAAGUGCAACGAGAAGCGCAAGACUUGAGCGCAGAAUGCUCUCGGAUCGAAGCCGACAAUGCGCACAUCAAGAGAGCAUUGGGCGACAAAUCACACACUUCCAGUCCGUCCUUGCAGAAUGCCGUCGGAAAGCGAAUGGCCUCUGCUGCUUCACCGUCCGCUCCUGUUUCUGGAUCAGCAGCGCCAACAGAUUCCCAACCGCUCUUGCAGCGCCGAUCACAACUGCAGAUCGAACAGACGCGUCUCAAAGCAUCCUACAUCGCCAAAGAGGCUCAACUCGAUCGGCUUUCGGCCAAACUCCAGACAUACGUUCCGCUUCUGGGAACGUUUGUCAAGAUUCCGCCAGACACUUCGCAGGAUUCCGUCACCAUCGAGGCUGCUCCUACCUCUGCCUUCCGCGAUGUUUCGCAGCCAAGGAUCGCUUUGUUCGAGGCGGAAAUCAUCCGAUGCUCCAAGGAAGUCAACGCUAGAUCAGAAAGGCUUCAAACCAGUUUGCUCGAAAUCGUCCAGCUAUGGUCUGAACUCAACCUCGAGCCCGCACAGCCUACAGCUCCCUCGGACGACCGUGUCUUUGACUCGGAGCAGCUCGGCGACGACAUCGACUGUGGCGGAGCAACGCGCAGCUUCGAUCGCGCUAUUCUUUCCCACCUGCAGCUCGAACCCAUUCACGAUGACGAGACGCGCAAGUUCAUCGGCGAGUUUGUCAGCACAGAACAACCCGAACGGCGCGACGGAGGCGCUACGCGUAGCAGUCAAGCGAUCGACGACCUCCUCUCGGAAACGCCGACACGUGCUUCUCUCGGUGGUCAGCCAGCGAGGAACAGCGGAGAUCUCGCCAUGCAGCUAUCAUCAGCAAGCAAAGCAGCCACACCAGCUGCGCCCUCUCACAUUCUCGAACCGUCCGAGGUCAAUCUGGCCCGGGCCGCAAAGAAGCUGCAAUGGCUCGAAGCAGAGAAGCACCGUCGCGAGAUGCUCAUCCAGGAGCUCUACGAUGAGCUCAGCGAGCUCUGGGCCAAGUUUGACGUCCCCGAGGAAGAGAUGGACGCCUUCGUCAUGGAUCACCGAGGCAGUACCAUGGACGUCGUCGAAGCGUAUCAGGCCGAGCUGGAAAAGAUGAAGCAGCUCAAAGCACAGCACAUGUCGCUCUUCAUCACCAAGACGCGAGAACGCAUUGCCACACUUUGGGACUCGCUCUUCCUCACCGACGAAGAGCGUCAAGCUUCCUUUCCUCCAUUCUUCAUCGACGUUUCUGCAGACGCUGAUCCUAACCUGGACGAGCCGCUUCCCACCGACGAGAUUCUUGCUUCGCAUGAGCAGAUGAUCGAUCUGCUGACCGAGCAGGUUCGCGUAAAGGCACCCGUCCUCAAGGUCAUUGGUCGAUACAAGGAACUCCUUGAUGAGGCAAGGCAGCUUGACGAAUCCGCUUCCGAUGGAUCGCGUCUGCUGGGCCGCUCCAACCGCGGCGACCCGGGCCGCCUCUUGCGCGAAGAAAAGAUGCGCAAGCGCGUCAAGGUUCAGAAGCCAAAGAUCGAGGCCGAGCUGCUUAAGGUAAUUCCAGCAUGGGAGGAAGAACAUGGCGAGCCGUUCACUAUCAAUGGACUUCGCUACCUUGACGAGCUCCUGGAGCAGGUAGAAGGCUCCAAGGAGAACGCCGUCCGGAAGAGGACAAGGACCGUGUCAGGCGCUCAACUCACUGCUCCUCCCGUCAGCGCACCAGCGAGUGUAAGACGAGGUCCGCUCGGGCCUUCGGCAUCAUCCAACCGCGUUGCAGCCACGCCAAUGCGGUCCAUGACUCCGCAUCAGGGUACCAUCAAGAAGCCCAGGAUCGCAGCAGCACCCGCCACUGUAGCAGCACCGUCAACGAGGACACCAUCCGUAAGGCAAGGCGGCCUACCAGCAUCCGCCUCCAGGAUGGCUUCAGCUCGUGUUCCCAUGUCAGCAGCACCUAAAGCACAUCACGGCGGAGGCGCAGCCAGCAUCCAGCGACCGGCAUCGUCAAUGGCAGGCGUCUACAGGACCGCGAGCAGCGCCUCGUACGCUGCGGGCCCCGGCAGCCCAUCACGCAUUCCUGGCCCGUCGCCCCAUUUGGCGCCGAAACCGUUCGGCGCGGCACCAUCUGUGCCCGGGUAUGCCUCAGCUUACGGCGUCCGCAGUGUGACCACGGCAUCUGUCGGUCUGGCAGCAAGGACGGUCAAGGCGCAGCGAGAGAGCUUUCGACCUCGUCCCUCGCUCGUAGCGAAGGUUCCUCGCAACGCCAACGUAGUGGGGAGUGGAGCAUUAGCACGAUCUGGAGGUGCAGUAAUCUCUCCGGGCAGAGCCAGCAAAUGGGGUGAGAUGGGUCCUCCUCGCUGGCCUGCAGCUGGACAGCCCGCACAUGCGCACCGCGACGUCUCUUGCAUCUCGGCUAGCAGCUCAAUCCACACUGACAUCACCACUGUCAUCCACCCAACUGCUGGCGGUACUGCACCGUCCACAAGAACAGCAGAGCCCGCCAAGAGGACUCGGCGCGCACCGUCCAUGUCGCUCGAAGCAUGUCUCGCCAACUUGGCAGCCACCUCUUCGCAGGGCAAAACACGGCUUGGCGAGGCAGGCCGCGAUCUCGGCAUCUCGUCCAUCCGAAGCGUUUCCUCUUCAGACGACAUUGUCAACCAGACCGAAGACGUGGGCGAUCAUGACAGCUGUGCGAGGGUGAGAGGCUGGAAGGACGGUCUGCGCAUCGCCGGCGCUGGUUUGGAGGAGGACCUGGAUGCAGCUGAAGUGAUGGACACAGAUGCAGCCCGGACCUUGCCUCGUUCAGGCAGCAGCAAUUGGGAGUUGAUGGGCGAAGCAGAUUCGGAUCCUGCCUACUAUUCGCACGAUGCGCAUGCUGCUAUGGCUGCAUAG